AGGCCAUCCCCACGAUCCAAUUCUCCUCGCAUAGCCGCCGCCGCACAUCCCGCUCGUAGAUGGCUAGGCGGUGCGCCGUUCGGAUCAUGCCCGCGCGACGGACCUGAUCCAAGCGAGAAGCAGCAAUCCGGUAUCUUGGUGUCGCUCCUGCCGUCAAUGUUUCGGCCGGCCGGCAGUACUGCAGGUCGUACAUCGUGGCGCGCCGAAGCCUCGGCUGCCCCACCGCCCCCAACCCGCCGCCAGGGACAGAGGAUCUCUCUCCACCGUACGUCGGAUACCCUGAGUCAGCGCCACCGACGACCUUCCCUCCCACUACAGGUUGAAGAGUUAUUGUUUCAGUUCGUCCGUGACCCUUAUGGGGUUGUGGGGGAUGUUGCACUCAGAGAACUUGUUCUUGCAGUAGUAGGAUGGGUAGGUAAACUAGAUCAGAUAUUGGAAGUGGUACUGUCACAUAUCCUGGCAUCUGCUCAGCCUGCAGCAUGGCACAUGAGUCUUCGACAUCAUUGAGGAUUUCUGCAUCGGCAAAUUGGAAGACUGAUGUGGAAUAGGAGAGGAUGUAAAAGCUCCCAAGUGUGAACCCAUGUGCUCGUCUGCAAUUCCUUUAGUCUUUGUUCGGUUUGAGGUGGAUUUGAAGGGGAUUGGCAAGGGUUGAGGUGGAUUAAAUCCCCUCCAAUCCUCUCCAAUCCCCUUGGGAGGACGAUUAACCAAACAAGGCCUAAAGAUGAUGAGAACGAACAAAACCAUUUCAUAAUUGUGAUGAGGACUGCUCCAGUGCCCAGCUUUGUGGUUCUGAUCACAUGUUUGACCUCCUGGUUACUCUGCUACAUGGUCUCCACCACCCAUCGUCUACAUAUCGCCUCGCCGGAUCGCCAGACAGCAUCGUCGUCUACGUCUGUCUCACCUGACAGGCACUGUCCUCAACCUCUGCAUCACAGUUAAUUGUGUACUAGUAAUUCCUUUGGAGAACUCCUUACAAUUAUUCUAACUCCGCCAUGUAUCCAUGACCUUGUUAGAUUCUGAAUAUGUAAUUUUCCAGACAUUCGGGUAGCAUUAAAGUGCUCCGUAUG